UGCUUGACUGGAUGAGUGAAAACCGGGUCUCGAGAUUAGUUUUUGAUGAGGUUAAAUCUGAUCUCAUACCAGGUCCUUCGCUCCUUCUGUAGAUCUCAUUCCACAGAGGAGUUAUUUUCCUACUAGGACUGUAGGACGUCAAUAUCUCACCUCCUCUUUUGGUCACUGUGGCCUAUAAAUUCCCUGGGCAUUAGCAUCAGAUUCAUUCAUCGACAGUGAUAAACUAGUCCUUUUUGCAUUUUUCUUUUCGUCUUUCUUGGGUGCCUUUGAUAGCUUCAGUGUGAGAUUUGAGAAGAGAGAAUGGCGGCGAUUGAUCUCUCUCCCGCGUUGGCGAAGAAAGUGUUCGGUGGUGAUGGUGGAUCUUACUACGCAUGGUCUCCGUCUGAGCUUCCCAUGCUUAAUGAAGGCAACAUCGGAGCAGCGAAGCUUGCCCUCCAGAAGGAUGGCUUUGCCCUGCCCAGUUUUUCUGAUUCCAACAAGAUCGCUUAUGUUAUUCAGGGCUCUGGUAGGGCCGGAAUCGUGCUCCCCGAAUCUCCGGAGAAGGUGAUCGCGAUCAAGAAGGGUGAUGCAAUUGCCCUCCCUUUCGGUGUCGUGACCUGGUGGUUCAAUGACAAGGACGAGGAACUCGUCGUUCUGUUCCUAGGUGAAACCUCUAAAUCCCGCAAAAGGGGAGAAUUCACCGAAUUCUAUCUCACUGGUUCGAAUGGAAUCUUCCAUGGUCUUUCGACUGAGUUUGUUUGUCGAGCUUGGGACUUGACGGAGGAUCAGGCGAAGAAGCUUGUUGGGAGCCAACCUGGCGCCGGCAUUGUGAAGCUGAAGGCAGGAUUGAGCUUGCCACAGCCCAAGGCAGAGCACAGAGAAGGGAUGGCUCUCAACUGUGAGGAAGCACCCUUGGAUGUUGACAUCAAGAAUGGUGGUCGUGUUGUGGUGGUGAACACUCAAAAUUUGCCUCUGGUGGCACAAGUUGGACUCGGUGGAGACCUUGUCAGGGUCGAUGGAAAUGCUAUGUGUUCCCCUGGUUUCUCUUGCGACUCUGCCUAUCAGGUGACCUACAUUCUAAAGGGAAGUGGCCGUGUUCAGAUCGUCGGGCUUGACGGUAAGCGUGUUCUGGAGACCAACCUCAAGGCCGGUAACUUGUUUAUUGUUCCCAGGUUCCAUGUGGUCUCCAAGAUCACCGACGGUGAUGGCAUGUCUUGGUUCUCCAUCAUCAGCACUCCAAAUCCCGUAUUCACACAUAUGGCUGGGGCGACCUCUGUGUGGAAAGCUUUGUCUCCUGCAGUGCUUGAGGGAGCUUUCAAUGUGGAUCAUGAGCUAGAGAAUCAAUUCCGAUCGAAGAGGACAAAAGAUGCCAUCUUCUUCCCUCCGUCAAAUUAAGGAACAAGGAAAAAUGGGAUGUUUCUUUAUUCUACUGGCCCAAUUAUAUCUUUUCCAAAUAAUUAAUUAAGGCAGGCCACUACUGUAGGACUCACUGAAUCCCGUCUCUUAUAUGGUUUUGUCCUUCAGGUUCAGGGUAGUACGUUACAGUGAAUAUUAAUCAAUAAAUAAGCAAAAUUAGGAAUGAAAUUCGUAUUCGAUUUGUGUUCCA